CUCCAUUUCGCAAUGCCGCGUGGCCUUCCAUGGCUAGCUGGCGCAUCAAAACCAGCUAAAGAGGGCAGUGAAAAUGCGAUACCUAAGAAGCGGGGACGCCGAGCCAUAUCAGAUCAAAAGGCUAUCUUGGAUACUGAGAUAAUCCGAACAGCGAAGAUUGCGAGGAGGACAAUAGAUAGCAAUGAUUCGAGCUCACCUCCUCCCGCACCGCCAGAGGAGGAGUUUAUGAUAGAUGGUGCCGACGCUGACGACGGAUGGAGACUAGUUGAAGAUGAGCUCUGGAGUUCCGCUAUUUUGUUCACAAGACAUCUACACCACGCAGAAUACCAACGACAGAAGCAGCUUGCACGAUAUAGGAAUGAAAGCACUGUACAGACUAUCAUCCAACCAGAGGCCGGAAGGACUUGGUCAAAUUUUGAAAGCACGAAGAGGUUAGUUCAUAAUUCAGAUCGAGCUAAGGGUCGAACUACUAUAGAAGUCUCCGACGAUGAAGACGACCCAUGGCUUCGAGAUCCGAGACUUGCUAGACUUAUGAGUCAAAAAGACAGAUCAGCAGCGCCCAAAAAGAUACUUUGUGCAAGAUCAACUUCGCGCGCAGCUAAAGGACUUACCCAGGGCAAACUAUCGCCAAUGAAGAUUCGUUCACGUACAUCUUUGCGUAGUUCACAAUGCGAGGAGAGCCAAAUCAAGACCCAGGACAAUAUUUCUUCCGAGUACGACAACGACGAUAUCGAUGCAUCUUCAUUUCGUGGACCGGAUAUGCAUGGAGUAAGCUCUCCUGAAAAUCUCGCGGAGCUGAAAAUGCAGAACAUCAAAGCGCGCACCAGUAAUCAAACAAGAAAGGUGUCCCAUGCUCAGAUUUCCAGUACUCAUUCCUCUACCUUGAAUGACAGUGAGAAAUCUUCCCGUGACGAGAUAUAUAACAUACUCCCGAGACGAGAUCGGCUUUCUUCAAACCCAAAGAUAGUUGCACAAGUGGGCUCAAACGUGAAGGGAGAUGAAAAGGAGCCUAACAGGAAGGCGUCCGUAAAUGCCGAUGAAAUACCCACUUUUCUGGUUUGAAAAAGUGAACAUAAGCAUAUAAUUUUUCUUGAGAGGGAAGACUUGGAAAUUUUUGUGCCUGAUUUGCGAUAUGUUGUUCAUCGGAAAUUGGUGCUUUGAGAGCAUGCCGUUAUCUAGGACAAUCCGUUAAUUUUUUUUUGACCUAUGAUUCAACAUUUCAACUCACGACGC